CCACGGACUACAGAGACGGCAGGCAUUUGCAGCAGGCAUUUGCAGCAGCAGCUCGCCGAUGGCCAAAUCACCACUACCCACAAAAUCCACAAAACCACCACAGCUAUGCUCUCGAGGACAGCACACCCGCGGCGGGCCGGCACUCUGGCAGCCGCGGCGCUACGACGAACAAGCCCAGGCACAGCCCGGCAGGUCCUCUCGCCGCGGACACCGCCAUCCAAUAUACACCUGCAACAGCGCCGCACGCUCGUGUCGGCGCCGCGGCCGGGCGACGGGCCGCUGAUGGAGCGGCGCGCCGACCGCGAGCUGCCGAACAUCGAUGCGACAUCUCACUGGCGCCGGACUCUCCCCGCCUUCCUCGCCAUCCUGGCCCUCUCCUCAGUCGCCAUCUUCAACUACCAGAAACUCUCGUCCCCGGUCGUGUCAUCGACCCUCUACGCUUUACGCACGAACCGCAAAGCGCGCGCAUAUCUAGGUGACGAGAUCUACUUCGCGGACCAGAUCCCCUGGAUCUCGGGGACCAUGAACCAGCUGCACGGGCGGAUCGACAUCCGGUUUGCCGUGCGCGGCACGCGCGGGAGCGGGUGGAUGCGGUUCGCGAGCAGCCGGGCGACGCCGCGCGCGCAGUUCGAGACGCUGGAGUGGAGUCUUGAGACGGUUGAUGGGAAGGUUAUCGAUUUGCUUGAGGGAGAAGACCCGUUUAGAGGGAUUACCGGGCCGGGAGAGGCGGGUUUCGGAGGUGGACGGGAUGUUGCGGAGGAGGACGAUGAUGAGGAGACGCGGGGGUUUAGGCAGAUGGUUACUGUGCAGGUUAGGGAGGGGGAGAGGAAGAAGGAUUGA